UGGAGCUUGCGCAUUUCACGCUUAACGUCAUGAGGAAUGCUUACGCAGUGUUCGUGAAAAAAGCGGGCUUAUCCGAUAGUCUUGGAAUAUGUAGUUAUGUUGAGAUUUUAUUUUGUAAAAAUUUUUAUAAAAAUUUUAAAUCUUAGAGCUACAACUAAUACUUUGAUAGAGUUGCAUGUAACUUUUAAACGGGAAAUGAAUAGAAAGCGUGUACAAUAUGAAUAAACGCAUAUGUAAUUAACUGAAGUGAUAGCAAUAACUAGAACAUCAACAUCAACAGCACUUUUUUGUGUAAUAGAGCACAUACAAUUUUUAUAGAUAUACAUACAUAUGUUCAUUUGAUGUCCUGUGCAAAAAAGAGUGCUUAAAAGUGAUAUGACCAGAAAGAUGAGCAUUUUCAUAUUAUAAAAUCGUAAAAGCAAACGUUUGCAUGACAAGCACCUGAUCGACUAAAAGAAUACAAUGGUUUACGGAUAAGUGAUAAUCUGAGUAUCUACUUAUGUUUGUAUUCCAAGAAAAAUAAAACGUCGUGGAAUCUAAAAAGUAAUAAGUCUCUCGGUGAUUUUAUGUUUGUUUGCAAGAGAACACGGGAUCUUUUAAAAAUGGCUCGAUAUAAGCAGACUAGUUUUCCCGAAGAUGAUGCUAGCUCAGUCGGAGGCAUCCAUUUAAAUGAGGGGACCGGUAGCACGGGACUGCAUAUUCGAUAUCACACAGCACGGGCUACCAUAAAUUGGCGAACGCGUAGUAAAGUGGAAAAGGGGCUUCUAAUAGUUACACUUAUAUUAUCUGUAAUUAUUUCGGCGCUACUUAUUGUGAUAAUAACGAGCAAAUCCGAUAAAAGUGGUUGCAUUUUGCACAUAGAACCACAUAUUAAAGCAAACGAAGUUCCGUGUCUCAAUGAACAUUGCAUAUUUGCAGCUAAUGAAAUAUUGAGAUCUAUUGACAGAAGAAUCGAUCCAUGCGAUGAUUUUUAUGCUUAUGCGUGUAAUAAUUGGAUAAGAAAUAAUCCAAUUCCAGAAGGCAAAUCAACAUGGGGUACUUUUGGAAAAUUAGAACAAAUGAAUCAGCUAAUUAUACGAAAUAUAUUAGAGAAACCACUGAAGGAAUAUAAGUCAGAGGCUGAAAAGAAGGCAAAAAUUUACUAUGAAUCUUGUUUGGAUAAAGAAGAAGAGAUGGAGAAAUUGGGUGCUAAACCAAUGGUUGAUUUACUGUGGAAAAUCGGCGGCUGGAAUGUGACAAAAAGUGGAUUUAACAUUGAAAAAUGGAAUUUGGCUCAUACGUUGAAAAUUUUACAAAACAAGUACAAUUUCAAUUGUCUUUUUGCGUGGGCAGUCGGUGAGGAUGAUAAAAAUUCUUCCCGCCAUGCCAUACAAAUCGAUCAGGGUGGUUUAACACUGCCGACACCUGACUAUUACAACAACAAAACCGAAAUCCACCGCAGAGUCUUAGACGGCUAUAUAGAAUAUAUGACGAAAGUUUGUGUUCUACUGGGCGCUGUUGAAUCAGACGCCCGUCGCCAGAUGGAAGCAGUGAUUGCGUUUGAAUCGAAAUUAGCGAACAUUUCAAUGCCACUUGAAGAACGUCGUAACGAAGAAGCUAUGUAUCAUCCGAUGAAUUUGGUGGAUUUAGAAAAAAUAGCACCAUUCCUGAACUGGACUGAACACUUUGGCGACGCAAUGCUAUUAGUAAACCGAAGAAUAACGCAGGACGAAAUAGUUAUCGUUUACGCUCCGGAUUUUUUAAAGAAAUUGUCAGCAAUCAUCAUUGAAAUGGAGAAAACAAUCGAAGGAAAAAUAACUCUUAAUAAUUACUUGGUGUGGCAAGCGGUACGAACACUGACGUCUUGCUUGUCAAAGCCGUUUCGAGACGCUUAUAAAAGCGUACGCAAGGCUCUAAUGGGCUCAGAUGGAGGCGAAGAGAUAUGGCGAUAUUGCGUGGCAGAUACAAAUAACGUCAUUGGUUUUGCAGUUGGGGCCAUUUUCGUGCGUCAAGCUUUUCAUGGCGAGUCUAAACCAGAAGCCGAACAAAUGAUCAACGAAAUUCGCGAAGCUUUUAAAGAAAAUUUACAUAACCUCACAUGGAUGGACAGGGGUACUCGUGAACGAGCAAUCGAUAAAGCCAAUGCAAUAACAGACAUGAUUGGAUUCCCUGACUACAUUCUCAACCCAAAAGAGUUGGAUAAGAAAUAUGAAGACUUGAAAAUUGUGCCAAACAAAUAUUUCGAAAACAAUAUUCAGGUUGCAAUGUAUAAUUUAAGAACCAACUUGGAAAAGCUAGAUCAGCCUGUGAACAAAACUCAUUGGGGCAUGACUCCUCAAAUGGUGAACGCCUACUAUACGCCCACGAAAAAUCAAAUUGUGUUUCCAGCUGGAAUACUGCAAUCACCAUUUUACGACACCAACAAUCCGAAGAGUCUAAACUUCGGCGCAAUGGGCGUUGUUAUGGGUCACGAGCUAACGCAUGCGUUUGAUGACCAAGGACGCGAAUAUGAUAAGUUUGGCAACAUACAUCGAUGGUGGGACAAUAAGAGCAUCGAAAGGUUCAACGAGAAAACAGAAUGCAUCGAACGACAAUAUGGGAAUUACAAAAUGAAUGGGCGUACCCUAAAUGGAAAACAAACUUUGG